GAGGCGCCCCCUCUCGCCCAGCUGCUCUCGCAAAGACUCCCCUUCGCACGGAAGAGGCGUCCCGAGCUUUUCUUUCGCGAGGCUUUCCCCGCGGAAACUGGCAUCUCCCCACAUUUCGCUUUCAUUUAAAUUGAGCUGAGCCGCGGGGAAGCAGCCGUCGCCGCCCCGUCAGAGGCGCGGCCGUUGCCGUUGCCGUUGUCUCCUUUGCCCGCUCUUCACGGAGGCCGAGGUCUAGGACGUGCACCGCGCCCCGUAGCUUUCUCUCCCCGAAAAAGCCAUUUUGUCACCCAGGUGGGGAGCCCUCCCUUCCGAAAGAAUGGAUCUUUCGCGGGUUUGGCACCUGGCUGCCGUGUUUUGCUUGACCUACGUCCUGAUCAAAAUCAUCCAGCUGCAUCGGCACAGGCAGGUGCUGCUGAAAACUUUGAACAGUUUUCCCGGUCCCGCUCCCCAUUGGCUCGCCGGUCAUAUAUUUGAGCUUUCAACUAUUUCUGCAGUUUACUCAAAGGUGGAGAAAUGGAGUCGUCUGUAUCCAUUUGCCUUUCCUAUAUGGUUUGGCAGGUUCACUGCAUGUCUGAAUAUCACACAUCCUGAUUAUGCAAAAUCAAUACUUGCUCGAAUGGAACCAAAAGAUAAUUUUGCUUAUCGGAACAUAAUUCCAUGGAUUGGGAAAGGUUUAUUGGUCCUGCAUGGACCAAAAUGGGCACAGCAUAGAAAGCUGCUAACGCCAGGUUUCCACUUCAGUGUGUUAAAGCCAUAUGUGUCCCUGAUUGCAGACUCUGCAAAAGUGAUGUUGGAUAAAUGGGAACAGCUGAUCAUGCAGGAGAAAUCAGUGGAACUCUUUGAACAUGUGAGCUUGAUGACACUUGAUAGCAUCAUGAAAUGUGCCUUCAGUUAUAACAGCAACUGUCAAAUGUACAAAGAAAAUUCUUAUGUCCAAGCUGUCUUUGAGCUUUCAUUCUUGCUAUACACCAGGAUAUACCACAUUGUAGGCCAUUGUGAUUUUCUAUAUUGGUUCAGUUCCCAUGGAUAUCGGUUUCGGAAAGCCUGCCAAAUUGCUCACCUUCAUACAGAUAAGGUAAUCAAAGAAAGAAAGAAAUCUUUGAAGGUUGAGGAAGAACUUCAAAAGAUCCAGAAGAAGCGGUACUUGGAUUUUCUUGACAUUCUUCUCUGUGCCAAAGAUGAAAAUGGCAUUGGAUUAUCUGAUGAAGAGAUACGUGCUGAAGUGGACACUUUCAUGUUUGAAGGUCAUGAUACCACAGCCAGUGGGAUCUCUUGGCUGCUGUAUUGCCUUGCACAGAACCCAGAGCAUCAGCAGAGAUGUAGAGAGGAGAUAAAGGCCAUUCUGGGAGAUCGUGACACCAUUGAGUGGGAUGAUCUUAACAAGAUGACUUACUGCACCUUAUGCAUUAAAGAGAGCCUCCGUCUUUACUCUCCAGUACCUGGAGUGUCCCGAGAAUUAAGCAAACCUGUUACAUUUUUUGAUGGGAAAACUUUACCUGAAGGCUCUUGGGCUGUGAUAAGCAUUCAUCUUAUCCACAAGAACCCCAGUAUAUGGGAUAAUCCAGAGGUGUUUGACCCACUGAGAUUUUCUCCUGAGAAUAUAACCAGCAGAAAUUCUCAUGCUUUCCUUCCUUUCUCUGCUGGGCCAAGGAACUGCAUUGGACAACAGUUUGCCAUGAAUGAGAUGAAAGUGGUACUUGCUAUGACUUUGCUGCAGUUUGAAUUGUCACCUGAUUUGUCAAAGCCUCUGCCUGUUCCAAUCCCUCAGAUUGUCUUGCGUUCUCACACUGGAAUUCAUCUUUGCUUGAAGAAACUGGGGUGAACCUGUAAUAACAGGGGAAAUAAUUUAUGUGGGGAUCAGGGAGAGGCUGGUAUAGAGCUAUAUCAUCCAGCCAGAUGCCCCGUAAAUAUUUUGAUAUUAUAAUUCCCAGAAUGCAUCUGUUGGAUCUACGAUGUUCAAAUCCCAGUGAAGAAAAAUCCCUUGAAACCCAAGUCAAGUUCAAAAAGAAAUUCAUUUAUUGAGACGUACAUGCAGCUUCAAAGCAUUGCUGAAACUAAAAAGCCCAUGCAUUCCCAAUCUACUUUUACCCUCACUUCUUAACCCCCCUGCUCCUCAGCCAGUUGUUGGGUCUCAUGUUGGUAUGACCUUGGACAUUCCUGGCCGUAGAUAAUAGUCUAUCUGUGUUAACAGUUUUACUUUCCUUUUAUCCCCCUCCCACUUAGAGAAAAAUGGCAGAAGCGAAGCAAGCAACUAAUGAGCUGUUGGAUUGAUUGCUGGAGGUUCUGACAACAUCUUUGCUCUCCAAAAAUAUUGGGACUUUAAUCAGUUGGCACAUUCCUCUAUUAUUCUGAGCACAUCCAUUUGGGAAGUCUCCCAGAUGGUCCAUAAGCAUACCUGUAUUUCUUGUACAUGCCGAGAGAAACAGCACUCCACACCACUCCUUGCCAAUCUUCUGCUUUGUCAAUACACUUGUAUCCUGGACUUCUUGUGAAUAUAAUUUUGCAUUAUAUAUAAGGUUUAUGCUCAAAAAGGGAUUACUACCAAGCCAUAAAGAUUAUCUUGCUGAGUAAAAUAGAGUAUGGGUAAUCCUACAUGGCAGCCUUAUGCUGCUUGUCUCCCAGGCUGAAACAAGCUGGAAGUGAAUCCUGUUUAAGAAAUUGCUGUCUGGAUUUCAGUCAUUCUUCAGCUUUGACAAGGAUGCUAGUCAGGUAUUGUAUCCAGACAGUGAUUACCACAACCCCUGAUUAGUGGAUUUCCCUGCUGCUUUGCUUCUCUCCCUUGCACUGAGAAAGCAAUUAUUUCCUUUCUAUGGGUGGAUCUUUGAGGCCACGUGGUUUCCACAGGUGGAUCUUUCCAUGAGCCCACUUCUGGUGACUCCCUGCUUAGUACCUUCCAAUCUGGCAUCUCCAUCAGAAAACUGAUAAAAAAACAAAACACUACACUUUAACUAUUUCUCCUCUUACUGGGUUAGAAAUGGGAAUUCACAGAACAUCUGGCAAUUUCACCUGGUUUUCUUUUUUUCAAUUCACCACUUUAUCAGUGCACUUGUGUCAAAAAAUUAAAACAAAACAAAAGUU